CUAAAGUGUGUGUUUAAAACUUAGAAGCUCUGUAUUUGUUCCAAAUUUUAAUCACAAGAAUUUAUAUGAUAACAAUCAUUCAUGUAUUUCGAAAUGAAUGUCUAUCAUUUAGUUUUCUCAGUUUUGUCGUUCGAACUUAUUUUUAUGGAAAAGGUAGAAUGUAUGGAAGAUAAUAUGAUUUCUUCCCUUAAUACAUUUCAUAAUAAUAUAUCGACCAUAGACUGCUCAGCAAGCAUAAAAUUACAGAAUACCCUUGGAUUAAAAUUUUUUAGUAAAAAAAAAAAAAAGAGAAGUUCAAACGAUAUGCAAUAUAAACUAAAAUUGAAAAAUGAUAUACUUAAAGAAAAUCAAAAUAAUACAAUUACAAACUAUACGUUUAUGUGGAACAAAAAUUACGAAGAAGCAAAUGUUUCGAUUAUUGUAGACUCAGAAGCUGGACCAAUUAGCUUGGAAAACUUUAUUGGAAAUUCGCAUCAUUUAAAGAAUCUAACUACAACUUCAAGUCCACAAUAUUUUAGUUUGUACAAUAGUUACGAAGAUGUGAAUGAUACAUAUGAAGAAAUACGCAAUAAACCAAAAAAUGAUACGUUUGACAUACCAUCCCCUAACCUCAAAAUGGUAGAGUCAUUUUGGAAUAACAUAAAUUUAUUAAAUAAAAUGUGGAAUAACUAUAUUGAAUUAAAUGGCACAGACAAAAUAAAGCGUGAAGCAAAUAAAAAUUUAACACAAGUUGAGGAAGGGCGUUACAUAAAAGGAGAUCCCUUAAAAGGAUAUUAUGAUUUCGUCAUAACCGAGGGGUCGUAUAAAUUUUGGGCCGCUUUUCAGCUUGCAACAGCGGUUUUAAUAAUUUAUUCUACAUUUGCUGCUAUAUAUUAUUCAAAAGUCAAUCCACUUGUUGGAGACUACGAUUAUGUGGACUAUUUAGGCGGAGGACGUUCAUUUACUGAUGAAAGUGAUUUUGUUGAUGCAAGUACUGAAAAUGUAUCACAAACAUUUGAAAGUUUGCUUGAUGCUAGUGGAAGAAAUUCAUCAAAACAAGUGUACCACUCAUUACAUAACCUAUUACCAAAGUUGAAAUUUUCACUUGAAUUCAUUUUGGAUGCUGUAGAUAAAUUACCAAUUAAAGAUUUUAAAUUUGAUGGGCUUGAAAGUAGCUCAGUUUUGUAAUGGAAUGCUUAAAUUUGAAAAUUUAUCCAACUUCGUGACGCCAUGUUAUCACAAAUUUUGUAUAUUAAUUUUUAUUUUUGAAAUUACUUUUGCAAAACGAACUAAUUAUAUACAUAAAAAA